AUGAGUUCAUCCGAAGAUGGCUCGCAACUCAUGGCCGCAUUCAAAAAGAAAUCCGCGCGCACACCAAGUGCUACCCCCCGCAGCACAUCGAGACCCGCAAGAGCCCUGUCAAACGCUUCUAUACCCGGUGCCAGUUCUUUUACACCAGUCAAUAAGCCACCAUUGAAGCGCAAGUUGGCAUAUGUGCGCGUUUCUCCAGUCCGAAAUAGGGAAGAUUACACAUGCUAUGAGCCUAAAGAUGUUGAGAGUGUGGUGCGUGAAUACAUGAAGCGCGAGCAGAUCAUGUACGAGGUGAGGCUGUGGGGAGACAAGAUCAAGCAGGUAAGCUUUGACGAACUCAUCCAAUUGUCCGGUGGAAGAGAAGCAUUGCAACGUUUCUCCUUGCACGGCUACUCGAACGAAACACCACCGAGCGAAGACGAAGGCGACAUGAGGUUGCGCAGGGGGACUGGCCGGGCGAAAAGCAACGGCUUUGUCGACAUAUCCACCAUCACGCUUUUAUCUUCGGAAGAUGACGAUGACAACGAGUCCGACUUUGACGAUCCCCAGCCCCGCAGUCGACGAACACAAACACUGGCGGUGCGUAGGUCCGACAGUGGUCGAUCCUCACGGCAGAACCGUGGUGCGGGAUUCAUCGAGCUGUCUACAAGUGAGGAAAAUGAUUUUGAAGAUGGGCCUGCCAGGCGGAGGAAGGGGAGACCGAAACAGCGCAAGGUACCACAGGAACCAACGCGGCGGUCUGCCAGGCAGCCUGUGCCAAUUCAACAAACCUUCACUGAGGAUGACAGCGAUGACAUGGCCAGCGAUUCGAGCGAUGCAGACAUUCUUCGAUCAGACGUCCUGUCCGGGGGUAAGCGGAAGCGCAGGGGACGGCCCUCAAAGCCUGCAAAGGUCCCACGCGUGGGCUUGCGCCAGUCAGAUCGCGCAACAAGGGCGACAAACAAUAUGCAAGAUCCCGGCUUGGGCGAUGUUUACCGUUCGGACUCUGAGCCUCGCGUAGCUGCGCAAAAGUUGACUGUCACCCGCGAGAUAUUUGCCACUUUACCCCGAAGCGACCUCUUUCGCUCCCGUCACGCCGAAGGCUGCGAAGUGUGCUACGACGGUCCCAAUGUCGCGCCCCUGGUGUACUGUCAAGGCUGCUCGCUUGCAUACCACAAGAAUUGUUUGGGCAACCGCUCUACACGCGAUCACCUUGUCACCAAGGUCGGUGAUCAGAACUUUGUACUGCAGUGUAAGCGAUGCAUCAACUUCUAUAAGAAAAAGGAUCCUACUGCUCCGGAUCUCUCGAGGUGCCAGGAUUGCUCUCACACGGGAGCAGCCUGUCAGCCUUUCCGGCGACGCAAGACCACGCAGCAAGAGAUGAAGGACAGAGAGGAGAAUGAUGGACAGGACCCCAUUGUUGCCGUUGCUCCCAAUCUGAUUAACAAUGCACACAAUGUUCUGUUCCGCUGUACCAAGUGCUCUCGAGCGUGGCACUAUCAUCACCUGCCACCCAUGUCUCAGUACGCAAUGGAUGUCAAUCGCGACGAGGAACAAAUGGCUGAAGAAAGGUUCCGAGAGUACUCCAACAAGUGGCUCUGCAAAGAGUGUGUCGAUACACAAGACCAAAAGGUGGGAGGCAUCAUCGCGUGGCGACCUUCGGAUGUGGAGACAUACCAGCCGGGGACUCCGUGUGACUUGGUCAGCGAAGAUGACAAGCAGUACUUGCUCAAGUGGGAGAGGCAGUCCUACUUCCGCGCAGCCUGGUUCUCUGGUGCUUGGACUUGGGGUGUGACAGCCCCUGCUAUGCGUAAGGCCUUCUUCAAGCGUGAGGACGGCCCAAAGAUGCGGACAGAGGAUGCUAUUCCAGAAGAGUAUCUGCGCAUUGACAUUGUCCUGGACAUCAAGUAUACCAGCUAUGUCGAAGUCCGAAGUGAGGAGAUUGACAAGGCUCGGAUCAAGGAAGUGGACAAGGCUUUGAUCAAAUACAAGGGUCUGGGCUACGAAGAUUCGGUCUGGGAAAAGGUCCCAACACCCGAAGAUGGUGAACGCUGGCUCGAUUUCGUCACUGCGUACAACGAUUGGGUUGCCGGACGCUACAUUCGUUACCCAAAGCAAGGACCGCUCAGGAUGCGUCUGGAAAAGGCCCGCAAUACGCCAUUUGCCAAACUGGAGCGGGAGAAGCAGCCAGAGGCCCUCGUCGGUGGAGAAUUGAUGAAGUACCAAAUCGAAGGUCUGAACUGGAUUUACUACCAGUGGUAUAGCCAGAAGAAUGGCAUUCUUGCAGAUGAGAUGGGUUUGGGCAAGACGAUCCAGGUCAUCGCUUUUCUGGCCACUCUGAUCCAAGAGCACAAUUGUUUUCCCUUCCUCAUUGUCGUUCCCAACUCGACGUGUGCCAACUGGCGGCGAGAAAUCAAGCAGUGGGCACCCUCCCUACGAGUUGUCGCAUAUUUUGGAUCUUCACAGGCUCGAGACAUGGCUCACAAAUAUGAAAUGUUCCCAGAAGGUACAAAGGAAUUGCGCUGCCACAUUGUUGUGACCUCCUACGAAGCCGCAGCAGACGAAAGCUGUAGGCGAUUCUUCCGAAGCGUGAAUUGGGCCGGAAUGAUCAUCGACGAGGGUCAACGACUGAAGAAUGACAAGAGUCAACUGUACACUGCUCUGACUGCUGUAAAGUCGCCAUUCAGAUUACUUCUCACCGGCACACCCCUUCAAAACAACGCUCGGGAGCUGUUCAACUUGCUGCAUUUCCUCGACGACACGAUUGACGCCGCAGCAUUGGAAGAAAAGUAUGCAGAGAUGACCUCAGAGAAUGUCAAGGAGCUACACGAUCAGAUUCGUCCUUUUAUCUUGAGACGGACCAAGGCCCAAGUCUUGACCUUCCUUCCGCCGCUGGGCCAGGUCAUUCUGCCGAUCUCAAUGAGCCACUUGCAAAAGCAGCUGUACAAGUCGAUUCUGUCGAAGAGUCCCGAGUUGUUGAAGGCACUCUUUACGUCGACACAGUCGCUUAAACAGCAGGAACGUGCUAAUUUGAGUAAUAUUCUCAUGCAGUUGCGCAAAUGUCUCUGCCACCCCUUCGUUUACAGCCGCGAGAUCGAGGAACGGACCGACAUCGCCGCUGUUUCGCAUCGCAAUCUCGUCGAAGCCUCUGCCAAGCUUAGUCUCUUGGAGAUUCUGCUGCCAAAACUGCAAGAACGUGGUCACCGCGUGCUCAUCUUCAGUCAGUUUCUUGAUAUGCUCAAUAUUAUCGAAGAUUUCUUAGACGGCAUGCAACUGAGCUAUCAGCGUCUCGAUGGUACCAUGGGGUCAUUGGAGAAGCAGAAGCGCAUCGACCAGUUCAACGCGCCUGACUCACCUCUGUUCGCUUUUCUGCUUUCGACACGGGCUGGUGGUGUGGGUAUCAAUCUGGCUACUGCUGAUACCGUCAUCAUCCUGGACCCAGACUGGAACCCACAUCAGGAUUUGCAAGCAAUUGCUCGGGCCCAUCGUAUCGGUCAGAAGAAGAAGGUGCUGUGUCUCCAGCUGACUACACGAGCGUCGGUUGAGGAGAAGAUCAUGCAGAUGGGCAGGAAGAAGAUGGCGCUUGACCAUGUCGUUGUGGAGCAGCUUGACACGGAUGACAUUGAAGACCACGAUGUUGAGUCGAUUCUCAAGUUUGGUGCUGCGGAGCUGUUCAAAGAAGACGAUGCGGACCAUGAAAUUCGAUAUGACGAUGCUUCGAUUGAGAAGCUAUUAGAUCGUAGCCAGAUCGAGAGCACAAAGACUGGCGAUGACGCCUCGGCGGAGACCCAGUUCAGUUUUGCACGUGUCUGGGCGCAGGACAAAGGCGGUCUUCAAGACGACUUUGACACUGUCGACGAAGAAGUUGCUCCUGAUCCAGGUGUCUGGGACAAGAUUCUGAAAGAACGACAAGCAGCGGCCGCGGCUGAAGCACUUGCACAAGCAGAAGCCAUGGGCCGUGGAAGGCGAGCGAAAGCAGCUGUCGACUAUGCCACCGAGAAAGGCGAUCUCAACUUUACGUCAACACAAGACGACGAUCCGCUCGAGGAUAACCUCGCAAUAUCAUCUGCUAUCAAGAAGGUUAAGAAGCGCAAGAGCAAGGCUGACUCAGAGAGCGAUACCGACUUCCAGGCGACAAGCGACGAGGAAACCGAGGCCAGCGAAACUGAAGCAAAUGCUCGCUCCAGCUCCCUCCACCCUGAUGAACCAGCCAAGACCAAACCUACCAAUGAUGCAGGUGCGUCUUCCCAGAAUCUCGCAGGUGGUGCGCUAUCUGCAAAGCUGCCGACUCCACGUGGCCCCGGGAUGUACCCGUAUCCUUCGUAUGGUGGAGCAGAGCUGCGUGAUCCACCUCCGAUCAAAGGUGGUGCUUUGAUAAAUCUCGACUCUACCUCUCAGCGAGAGGAUCUACGCUUCUACCGCCCACCACCCCACGGCCCCUAUCCCGUUCCCCCACCCCAUCAGGCCUCUCCACACCACAAUACUCACGCAUCAUCUACAGUGAAACCCUUUCACCGUGCUACCCUUCCUCUCCGUAACCCCCUCGAUCCAACAUACCACAAUCCAGCCGUCGCUCGCAUGUGCCCCGCGUGCCGCAAACCCCAUCCCGUAGGCGCCUGUGAUCUCAAAGUGGCCGGCGUCGAGCACUGCGGGCUCUGUGGCCUGGCGCACUAUGGGCAUAGCCGCACGUGUCCUCACAUCAAGUCCGAGACCCAAGUUCGCGCCAUGCUUGAGGCGCUGAAGAAUAGCCCUGAGAAGAAGGAGUUGGUGGAUGCAGCGGUCAAGUACCUGAGAGGUGUCAAGGGGACGUUGGUGCAGCAGAAGAAGAGGGACAGGGAGAAGGCAGCGGCGGCCAAGGCGGAGAAUGGUUCUGGUCCUGGUGCCAGUGUGGGUGCUGGUAGGCCGAUGGUGAAUAUGAUGGGUAUGAUGAACGGUGGUGAUGCUCCAGGUGCUGCACCCCCUUCGUUUGUGUCCCCAUAUGGGGCCGACAUGCCAGCUUCGAAUGGGGCCGACGUGCCAGCUUCGAAUGGUGCGGUCAUGCAGCCGGCGCCAGGUAGUGUGGGCAGCGUAUUACAAAGCCAAUUGUCGGCACAGCAACAGCAGAGAGCGUUGCAGAUGCAGGCUCAGGGGUUGAACGACCAGCAGAUUGAGAGUGCGUUGAGGGGGUUCUUGGGUAAUUGA